GAAAUGAAUGCUUGAGAGUUGAGAGAAAGAGAGAGAGAUUUGGGGGAAAAAAUGGAGAGAAAAAGCAGAGAAUAAAAAGAGACCGGAUGUUGACAAAUUUCGUGUCACUGUUCUUAGAAGGUCGUUCGUUUGUGUAAAAAGAUUUCUUAUCUGGGAUCUCUCUCUUCUCCCCCCCCUCUCUAUCUCUCUCUUACAUAAAUAAAAAUACUAUCUUUCUGCCUUUCUCUCUCUAAAUAUCAUUUCUUCCUUCCUUUUUUCCCCUUUCUUUCCCCUUGUUGUUGUUGCUGCUUGCUGGUGUUGUUGUUGUUGAGAGAGAAAGUGAGAGACUUGGGGAUAGAGAGAGAAAAGGGAGGAAUAGUGGCCCAGCAGAUCGAAAUCUCCUUUUGUUCAAUUGGGGGGGAGACGAUCUAAGCUCCUUCAAUCGCAUCAGAGCAGUACCCACUCUUUGUUUUUGCUUUUCCUCUUCUCCUUUGAGCUCCCUCUCCCUCUCCCUCUCCCCCUCGUUUUUGUUUCUUCUUCUCUCCUAACUUUUCUCUGAUAGUGCCAGUCUCCUGGGAGAGAGUCUUGGAAUUUUUGUUUGUCUGAUGUAGAAGUUGGGGCUGUCAAAUGAUUGUAUGCUUGUAGGUUUCUUGAGGGGAAAGAGGGGGAUAGAAAGAGGAUGCGGGUCUGAGGUGGUUCUUCAAAAGCUUAUGGUGCUUGGAUCGAUAACCUAUAAAAUAAAACUCAGGAAUGGGAACGAAAGUGCAGCGUGAAAGCUACAUUCCAGGAUAUUUUCAAAUGAGGGAUCUUAGUGAUGAGUCUAACAGCUGUAGCUGGCCACAAUAUUAUGGGGAUAAAACCUUCGCAAAUGGCCAGUACUACAAUGGUUUCUUGCCAAGGGCAAUCACUGAUACUUAUUCAGGUUAUGAUAAGGACUUAGUAAAGCGGACAAUGCUUGAGCAUGAGACCAUAUUCAGGAACCAGCUUUACGAGCUUCACCGCCUCUACAGAAUACAAAGGGACUUGAUGGAUGAAGUUAAAAGGAAGGAAACACCAAACAGAAGUCGAGUGCAGGUUGAGGCAUUGUUGUCAUCAAGCCCCUUAGCAUCCCAAGUUACAUCUGAAGAUGUUAGGAAAUGGCAUAUCCCUGGCUUUCCACUGGGAAAUUCUGUUUCUGCUCGACCAUCUACUUCUGCCAUUGAUAAUAGUAAUUCACCAUUAAGUUCCGUCAGAGGAAGCAGCACAUAUGCCAGUCCCUUGCCAAAUAAGAAUGGUUGUACUUCAAAGGAUGUUGAGAUAUUGGAGUCCAGACCCACAAAGGUGAGGAGAAAGAUGUUUGACCUCCAGCUUCCGGCAAAUGAGUACAUAGAUACUGAAGAAGGGGCACCAACCAAUGUGUUUGAAAAGGCAAAUCAGCUGGUCGAAGGAAAUCCGAGUUAUACUAACAAGAACGGUUUCACUCAGAAUAAUUGCCAGGAUAAUGGUUCAAUAUAUGAAUCACGUUUAAGGGGGAAAACUAGUAUGGCUGAUUUGAACGAACCAAUUGUGAUUGAAGAAACUAAUCCUUCUGAUCAUGUUAGUGUUCUUGGUGUUACCCCUUUCCAUGUGAAGGUUAGAGGCACAGAAUUGGAUGAUAAGCAGAAGUCACGACUUGAAGAUUCUCUGGAUGUGAUACCUCAUCGUGGGAGUGAUAGUGGGCCUUUGACUAGACCUGAUCGUCAGAAUGAUGGAAACGGAAAGGAGUGGUUGACCCAUAUAGGUGAAGCAGGACAUACUAUAAACAAUGUCAAAUCUGCUACCGAGACAGGGAGUUUCCUGUCAUCUUCUCCGUCGAUGCAGGUCUUGUUCAACAACAGAGCUCUUGAACCUCCAAAUUUUUCAGUUACUGAUCAAAAGAAGAAUCAGUCAAGAGAUAGAAGCAGUCAUGGUCUAGACCUUUCAGAAAGCAGUCUCGAUGAUUCUAAUAAUAAUUGUCACCGAGAAGCAGUUAUGGCUUCUAGUAUAUCCAGUCCGUAUCUGUUCGCACCUGAUUUGAGCAAGUCUUGGUCUCACUCUGCUUUGUCUUGGGAAAAGCCUACUGGAAUCUUGAACCAGAAUGGUAUCUCGGUUCAAAUGCAUCCUCAUUUGAAUUCGUCAUCUGCAUCAUUGAGGAAGAGUUCUCGGCCAUCAACUCAAAGCAAUGGGAUCUUUGGAGACCGAUGGAACUGUAACAACACCAGCUCUGCAUCUAACCAUAAAUUUGGAAAUGAAGUGUCUAACCGAAAUGGAUAUUACCAUGGGAUUUCUACAGGGUUGAAGGAAUUGCAGUUUUCUAUUCCUUCAGGAAGUGAUGGACAUGUGAACCGUGGUACUGCUGACAAUGCAGCAGCUCAAGAGCAACUAAUCAAUCAUGCAUCAGUUAGGUUCUAUCAAGGUUCGAGUUACAUGGAUUCGAAGCCCAACUUGAAUAUGGCAAUUUCGAAUGGUUCAUCAAAUAAGGUGGCUACCCGGCAUGGUAUUGAGAUUAUAGAUCUGGAAAGAAAGGAUGAUGAUAAUCUCUCUUCGUUACCUUGGCUAAGGGGUAAUCCGGCUUUCAAAAAUGAGGCCACUAGUACUGAGACGGUUCGCAAUGCUGGGAAAUUGAGUUUCUUGGAUUCCUCUAAAGUUCUCCCAGACAGAGAUUUUAGGGGCUCCCAUCAUCCUGCCUUUCAUGGUAAGAAAUUAGCUUCUCAUUCUACUUAUCCUGAUACCACUACGAUUGAAGUUAGGGAGUCCACAAGUUGCCGGAAAAUUCUUGGCUUCCCAAUUCUUCAAAAUACACAAGCUCCCAAGAAAGAGUCUUGGUCUUUCAGCUCUCCUGGUGACUCCGUUGCCCCUCCAUCCAAACAAGAGGCAGGAAACAAAGUAAAAAAUAUAGUGUUCGAUAUGAACAUUCCCUGUGAUGAUCUGGCAGCAGCUGAUUUUCCCCAAAAGGCAUCUGAUCAAGUCAAGCUUGUCAAUAAUGAGGAAGAUACUAUAAAGGUUCCCAACUAUAGAUGUGAGAUCGACUUGAACUCUUGUGUAAGUGAAGAUGAAGCUGCUUUAUCUCCUUCCGUUCCUGAUUGCAAAAACAAGACAGUUACAGGGAUUGACUUGGAGGCUCCAAUAGUUCCUGAGAUUGAGGAGGAUGUAGAAUGCAUAGCGAAGGUUGAUAAAGAACUUUCACUAUCAAGGCAUCAAGAAUUAGAAAUACAACAAGAUGAAUUUGUCAGAAUAGCAGCUGAGGCAAUAGUUUCCAUCUCAUCAGCAUCUGCUCCCCAAGAUCAAGCAGAAGGUGCUAGCUCUACCCUUCACUGGUUUGCAGACAUAGUAUCCUCUUGUGGGGAUGACUUGGAAAGCAAGUUUAAAGCUAUUGCGAGAGUUGACGAUUACGGUUCGUCUUCCAUUGAGGAGUUUGAUUACUUUGAGUUGAUGACACUGAAGUUGACAGAGACAAAAAUAGAAGAUUACAUGCCAGAGCCUCUUGUCCCGAAAGACUUGAUAUUGGAUGUAACAGGACCCAGUGCUGCGGUUCCCACUAGGGCACGAAGAGGUAAUGCGAGGAGAGGAAGGCAGAGACGGGAUUUUCAAAGAGACAUCCUUCCUGGGAUGGUCUCCCUUUCUAGACAUGAGGUAACUGAAGAUAUUCAGACAUUUGGAGGGCUAAUGAGAGCAACAGGUCAUGCUUGGCAGUCGGGAUUACUGAGAAGGAACUCGACUAGAAGUGGGUGUGGAAGAGGAAGGAGGCGGUUGGUGGUUAGUCCUCCUCCACCACCUCCUCCUCCGCCUCCUCCGGUGGUGGUGGCUGUAAGUUCGCUGAUGCCUUGUGCUCCGCUGAUUAAUCAACUUAGUAAUUUUGAAGUGGGAAUGGAGGAUAGGAGCCUAAGAGGUUGGGGAAAGACAACUAGGCGUCCACGCAGGCAAAGGUGCCCGGCUGGUAAUCUUCCAACUCUCCCAGUAACCUAAAAUUACAAAUGAGCCGCUUUUUUACCUGCUGAAAAUUCUAUAGAUGGAAAGAGCAUGGGAGUUGGUGACAUUUUUCUCCUGGAUCUUGUGGGAUUGAGUUUUCUUGUGAUCAAUCGUGGGGAUUCCCUUGUACAUUCCUUCCUUACCCAUAAUCCCGGGUCUCUUGGCUUCCUUCCAUGGGCGACAUGUCACCAACCCUCUACCAGUCAGUAAAUAAUGUCAGCAUUCGAGAUUGAUACUACCGGGAUACAUUUCUGAGCAGCAGCACCGUAAAGAGAGCAGAAAGCACCAUACUUGGUUUCUCAAAGGGUCAUCAUAAUCUCUGGUGAUAGAGAAAGAGGGACGCGAUAACAUCUGCUUGUGAUUGAUUGCAUUCUAUUUCGAUUCAAGAGGGCAAGGCAACUGAGAAUGUGUGUAAUAAUUGUAGAUCCCUAACAAGGAUGGCUGCGUUACUUCAUUUUUCUCUCUUUUCGCUAUAUUGCAUUGUAUUCUGGUUCUACAGAACAGAGAGAAUGGAUGAGGACUUGAGGAGACAGGAGAGUUUGUUAGCCUGUACGUUUUAUUUUGGCGCCCAACUCAACAGUUAUUAGAGGAUAAACCCAACAAAAACAAAUGACAGAAAGGUUUGUUCUUUCCAAUUAUAUAGAUGUUGAUGCUUGGCAGAUCUUCUGUAUGUACUUUGUUUUUCCAAUAUUGGGUUCUCUUACUUGGGAUGGAAGUAGGAAUCUGGAAGAAACACACCGUUGAAAAGAGGUGGGAGGAACGUAAGAUUUGUAAAUUGGACAGAGCAUUACAUUUCUGGGAAAUGGAAGAAAUUCGGGCCAACCAGCCAGCAAGAUUCUUCCAAAUCUCAGGGAGGUAAGGGAGCCAGAAAGGAAGGAAUACAUUCUGGGGAAUUAUGGCAGGAGCAGAUUUGUUUGGUGGGACUGGCCAAUAACAAUUGGACAUUUGUCUGGCUGUCCCCAUCUGAAUUUUGUGGUUCUUGUUGGGGAGACAUUUGUCUGGCUAUCAAAUAUUUUUAGUGACAAACGUGAAAUAUUUUUUAGUGGAAAA